GUAUCGUGAAUAUAAAUUUACUAAUAUCUGUGAGGUGCUGACAGGGAAACACUGUCAUAGAUAUAAAAUGUCACUGCUUUUGAGCAUAGUGGAUACAAAGCAAACAGCAUUAAGACUGGAAAAAAUAUCAUGACUGUUACAUACUGACAGUCUGUGUGGCUUUGCAGAGUGUAAACUGACAAUCUAAUGAGACUGCAGCAGCAUUUUCAAACUAUCCUCUGCAGAAAGUAAAAAGAGAAAAGUUUGUUGCUGAUCUGAAGUGGGUUUGCCUAUUAUCUGUGAGUCUAUUUUAGUUCUCAACCCCAUCCAAUCCUAAUCAAAUGAUGAGAGAAAAGAAAAGGUCAGUGCUGAUUCUAGCUUCCGCUCACUUGUACUUCCCCGCUAUACAGAAAAUGAUGACAUGACAGCGACUCUCCCAUGGUGCCCUUCAAAUAAUAACAAAGGGACUUGUCCUAUGCGAUACUGUCACAUACUUUAUGGAGGGAUGUGGGCGGCAGGCUACAGAGCUUUGUUUGUACGAGGUGUGCUCAUCCGCGUGCUCUGCCCAGCAGGCCUGAACUUUUAUGCACAGCGCCCCCUGGUGGGUGAACAGUAGAAGACAGUUUAACUUUCCAUGGCACAAGUCACACUGAAAUCCCACCCCGGGCAGGUUGGGGUGCGGGGCAGGGGAGCAGCUGUUCUGAGAGGGGAACCUGCUGCCCCCCUCAUCAUGUCGCAUCAGGUUUAGGGCAGUUCUCCAAGCCUCUCACCAGACCCACCCCUCAUAUUUAGGGGCGGCGGGGUGCGAGGUUUGUGCUGAGCGUUUCAGGGGAGCAUUUUCCCUCCCCCAGCUUCCGAGCCCCGGGCCAGGACCAGCAGCUCGCUCCUGGCAGGCGGGCGAGCCCUCCGCGGGCUCUUGAAAAGAAGCGGAACGGUCCCGCGGCACCUGUGUUGUAGCGGGGGCAGAUUUCAUCGCCGCACAGCGGGUCCUCGCGCGGAGCGUCCGCCGGCUGCCGAGUCCCUUCGGGCUCAGGUCUCGGCCGCGCUCGCCAUGGACGCGUUAGCGGCCGAGCUGGGGGCUCUGACCCCGGAGCAGGCAGCGGCUCCCGUGAACACGGUGGAGGAAAAAUGGAGACUCCUUCCAGCUUUUCUAAAGGUGAAAGGACUUGUGAAGCAGCACAUAGACUCAUUCAACUAUUUCAUCAAUGUAGAGAUAAAGAAAAUCAUGAAAGCCAAUGAAAAAGUCACAAGUGAUGCUGACCCAAUGUGGUAUUUAAAAUACCUCAAUAUUUAUGUGGGAGUUCCAGAUGUUGAAGAAAGCUUUAAUGUAACAAGACCUGUGUCUCCUCAUGAGUGUCGCUUGAGAGAUAUGACCUACUCUGCCCCAAUUACAGUGGACAUUGAGUACACUAGAGGUAGCCAGAGGAUUAUUCGCAAUGCAUUACCCAUUGGCAGAAUGCCUAUAAUGCUGCGCAGCUCCAACUGUGUUCUUACUGGGAAAACUCCAGCAGAGUUUGCCAAACUUAAUGAAUGCCCUUUAGAUCCAGGUGGCUACUUCAUUGUCAAAGGUGUAGAGAAAGUAAUUCUUAUUCAAGAGCAGUUAUCCAAAAACAGGAUCAUUGUGGAAGCUGAUAGGAAAGGGACAGUUGGUGCUUCUGUUACCAGUUCCACUCAUGAGAAGAAGAGCAGAACAAAUAUGAUUGUGAAACAAGGAAGAUUUUACCUGAGGCAUAACACUCUGUCAGAAGAUAUUCCCAUUGCUAUUAUAUUUAAGGCCAUGGGUGUUGAGAGUGACCAAGAGAUUGUGCAGAUGAUUGGUACAGAAGAGCAUGUGAUGGCUGCAUUUGGUCCCAGUUUGGAAGAAUGCCAAAAAGCUCAGAUUUUUACACAGAUGCAGGCAUUAAAGUACAUAGGAAACAAGGUACGAAGGCAGAGGAUGUGGGGAGGCCCAAAGAAAACGAAGAUGGAGGAAGCGCGAGAGCUGCUAGCAUCAACCAUCCUGACACAUGUUCCUGUAAAAGAGUUUCAUUUCCGUGCCAAAUGUAUCUACACAGCAGUGAUGGUCCGCAGGGUAAUUCUGGCCCAAGGAGAAAACAAAGUAGAUGACAGAGACUAUUAUGGAAACAAGCGAUUAGAAUUGGCUGGGCAGCUUCUUUCCCUUCUCUUUGAAGAUUUGUUCAAAAAAUUUAACUCUGAAAUGAAAAAGAUUGCUGAUCAGGUAAUUCCAAAGCAGAGAGCAGCCCAGUUUGAUGUAGUGAAGCAUAUGCGUCAAGAUCAGAUCACCAAUGGCAUGGUCAAUGCCAUCUCUACUGGAAAUUGGUCACUGAAAAGAUUCAAAAUGGACCGCCAAGGUGUGACACAGGUGUUGUCCCGCUUGUCUUAUAUAUCUGCUCUGGGAAUGAUGACAAGAAUCUCUUCUCAGUUUGAAAAGACAAGAAAAGUGAGUGGCCCCCGAUCUCUUCAGCCAUCUCAGUGGGGUAUGCUUUGCCCAUCAGACACUCCUGAAGGAGAGGCUUGUGGUUUGGUUAAAAACCUAGCUCUGAUGACUCAUAUUACUACUGAUAUGGAAGAUGGCCCAAUUAUUAAAUUAGCCAGUAACCUUGGAGUAGAAGAUGUAAACUUACUAUGUGGAGAAGAACUUUCAUAUCCAAAUGUGUUCCUUGUCUUCCUUAAUGGUAACAUCCUUGGUGUCAUUCGAGACCAUCCGAAACUAGUUCACACGUUUCGGCUAAUGCGGCGAGCAGGUUAUAUCAAUGAAUUUGUUUCAAUCUCCACAAAUCUUGCCGACAGAUGUGUCUACAUUUCCUCUGAUGGAGGAAGAUUGUGCAGACCCUAUAUAAUUGUAAAGAAGCAAAAACCUGCAGUUACAGACAAGCAUAUGGAAGAACUUGCUCAGGGAUACAGGAAUUUUGAAGAUUUUUUGCAUGAAGGCCUAGUUGAAUAUUUGGACGUGAAUGAGGAAAAUGACUGCAACAUUGCACUGUAUGAACAUACAAUUACUAAAGAUACAACACACUUGGAGAUUGAACCUUUCACGCUUCUUGGCGUCUGUGCUGGGCUUAUUCCAUAUCCUCACCAUAACCAGUCCCCAAGAAACACAUACCAGUGUGCUAUGGGGAAGCAAGCAAUGGGUACCAUUGGAUACAAUCAACGGAACAGAAUUGAUACUCUUAUGUAUCUGUUAGCAUAUCCACAAAAGCCAAUGGUUAAAACAAAAACCAUUGAACUGAUAGAGUUUGAGAAACUGCCAGCUGGACAGAAUGCCACAGUUGCUGUGAUGAGCUACAGUGGUUAUGAUAUUGAAGAUGCUCUUGUCUUAAACAAGGCCUCCUUGGACAGAGGAUUUGGAAGGUGUCUUGUGUAUAAGAAUGCCAAGUGUACGCUGAAGCGCUACACAAAUCAGACAUUCGACAAAGUGAUGGGUCCAAUGUUGGAUGCAGCUACACGUAAACCAAUUUGGCGUCAUGAAAUUUUGGAUGCUGAUGGUAUAUGCUCUCCAGGUGAAAAGGUAGAAAACAAACAAGUGCUUGUGAACAAGUCCAUGCCAACUGUGACCCAGACUCCUCUGGAAGGAAGUAAUGUUCCUCAACAGCCACAGUAUAAAGAUGUACCAGUAACAUACAAAGGAGCAACUGAUUCAUAUAUUGAGAAAGUAAUGAUCUCUUCAAAUGCAGAGGAUGCUUUUUUGAUCAAAAUGUUGUUGAGACAAACUAGACGUCCAGAAAUUGGAGAUAAAUUUAGCAGUCGUCAUGGACAAAAAGGCGAGGCUACAGGCAGAGAAGAUGAUGGGAGAGGCACCACGAGGAGAGGGUGCACGGCUGGCAGAGUUAAUCCCUGUGACAGCCAGCGGAAGGCACUGCUAUGCUAGUUACCUGCUUCACAAAUUAGCAUACGCUCAACUUUUUACAAGACAACAGAAAGGCUUUGCCAAGAUCCUCCAAAAAGCAGACCAUCUUCCAAAUCACAUGCAGCAAGUGAAUUAACUUUUUGUUUUGUUUAUAUUAACAUUUUUUCUUGAUUCAGUGAGAAGGACAUUGUUUUAAGCUCUGCAUUGUCAAUCUCCUCUGAAGUCUUCUCACCUCUUGAAGUGUAGGUGGAGAUAAAUCAAGGCAACUCAUGUGUAAUCAUAGCUUUUAAACAUCUAAAUAAGUAGAAUGAGAUCAGGAAGGCCACAUUUUCAAGUGACUUCACGUAUUUUCUAUAUUCUUGUGGAGUGAGCUCUGUAGUUUAAAUGCAAGAAAAUAAAGGCUUAAGAAAAUUGGACUGUAGCUAGGAAGAAGUGGAGUAAAAUCUCUCCAAUCCUCUCCCAAAAGGUAUGCUCCAAGAAGAGGCUACUAGGCAAGCUUAAUGGAAGGCUUUCUGGGUCUCUCAUAAUUUAGAUAUAUGCUACCAGGUUUUGCCUGGCUGCCUUUUUCAUGUCCUUCUCCCACACUCAUUUCAAUGCCCAUUUGGCCUGGGAUACCACUGCCUCCUCAGUCUGCUCCUGUCCUUUCAUCCUUCAGGUCCUUCCCUUAAGCAUUCUUCUCCUAAACUGUCUUUAAAUCCCAGCCCUCCCUUCAAGACACAUCAACAAAAUAGAAGCGAGGAGGAAAGAGAAAUUAAACAAAAUUGGAAAUUAACAUAGCACCAGUCAAUCACUAGCUGUCUCCCACUUUCUAGCCUUCAUCUGUAUGUUAUUUGGGACAGUGACCCUUGUCUUGGUUGCCUACCAAGUACUUGGCACGCUUCUAAUACUAAUAAACAAAUAUAUACCUAUCAGAGAGAGUUUACUGUCCAACUGAUAGGAGACCAUGUGGUUUAACUGAAGGAUUGUUUGUGCCCUUCCAAGAAGGGUAAGAAAACUUCCUACCUUGCUCUUUUUAUCUUAAAUUCUUCAAACGAAAUCAUCUCUAGAUGCAAAGAAGGUUGAGAGAGCACUCGACUAAACAAGCUUCAUCUGCGUUCCAUACAAAAUUAAAUUAUUAUAUUUCCAGAUUUCCCCUUCUUUACAAGUCACAAUGAGGAAAAAAGUUAGACUCCUUUGAUGUCAAAAAAGCAAUAUAUCACUUCUCUGAAAGAACAUUUCUCAGUCUCUCUUGUGAAAAAGGAUUAACACCUCCAACAAAGGUCCUCUGGAUCACAGAACUAAGCAGCAAUACUGAACAGUAUUCCUGAGGAGUGGAAAAACUGUAUUUAAGCAAGAGAUUGUUUGAACUGGCAAACAGAAGCUUUUUAAUAGCUGAAGAUCUAAGAUAAAGGAUUAAACCUUUCUGAAGUAUCUACACUUAAACUACUCUAAAGACAAGGAAGCGAGUUUAAAUUCAUGAAAGACCAUCUUUAUUUUCCUAAAUGAGCAAUGUUUCUUUAGUGUCAAAAUAGAAUCUAUUCAGUGUAUUGUGAACUAUAUAAACUUUAUUGCAAUACCAUAUAUCUAUUAGUGUGGUCUUGUUUAGGGUUUACUUUAUUGAAUUCUGAUUUGAUUUGAUUUGAGCAGCUGCUGUGGACACAAUAUUUUUGUCCACAUGUAAACUGAUGAUGAUGAAAAUAUUUUAAUGUGGACAAAAUAAAGAAAUAUGCUGCUUA